CUGGAACUGGUUUAAACAGGCAAAACAUUUCAGUCUCCAAAAUAAAUAUUUGUGUCUGAAGUCUAUUUACCGUUAUUAUAUUAGUAGUCAUUCUUGUCACCCAUCUGAAUAAGCUGUUUCUCUUGUAUUUUUUUUUCAAUUCACAUCUAUUUACAUUCACGUUCACGUUCAGCUCUUAUUCACAUAGCAAUCAAUAUGUCUUUCUUGAAGAAUUUCCCUCUCAACACAAAUUUACAAUUGUUCCGACGACAAACCAUCCUCAAAAGAAAUUCUCUUAUUGAUUCUUUCACUACUCCUGUACAUAAACCUGUUAUUAAUGUGCUUCUACGAAAUCUUUCAGCUUAUUCAAAUACAAGUCUCAAAGCACAGUCUACACUACACUCCAAAUUAAAUUUCAAAUCAAAUGGAAACAUAUCUCAAGAUCUAAACAAAAAUCCCGUUAUUCAUAACCACCCAAUACUUAAAAGAGUUCCCAAGUCUUUACUUCCGUAUUCGAUUAAAUUCAUUAACGCUCCAAUCUCCUAUAUCACCUCUUUUCUUAUACUCCACGAACUAACUGCAUUGGUUCCCUUGAUAUCUUUCUGGUAUCUAUUCAGUAACCUUGACUAUUUCGUAAUCACUUCAUCCAUCAGUUCCACCACAAACAACCAAAUAUUGCAGCUAUUUCAAUUGCUACCUUCUUCCUUCAUUGAUAACUGCACGUUGUUCAUUAACAAACUAUCCGAAUCCAAAUACGUUGCAAAUCUAAACCUCAUCAAUAAAUCUAAAUUCAUUAUCGACGGUAUCAACGCCUAUAUCAUCGUCAAGCUUCUAGUGCCCUUUAGAUGUGCUUUGUCCUUGUAUCUAACUCCCUACUUGGCCUCUCUAAUCAAGUUGCCCUCGACUCUUUUCAAGAACUACUUUCUUAUCCAACCAAAAAAGAUCUGACCCACCUCGCUAUAUACACUUUUCUCUGUCUAUUUUACUCGUCCUCACGAGCUUUUUGGCUCGAUUUACGCCCACUAAAAAAAUAUUCCAAGACCCACAGCAGUGGUCGCAAAGUGCCUUCCGUUUUGGGAAGCCACACCGCUCCUCUGGCCUUGCCUGCGUUUGCCGAAACGUGCCCGGCUCUGAGCGGGCUUUGUCGGACUUCUGUUUCUGGCGUGGUGAUUUUUCUGCUUGUGACGAAUUUGGUGGGUGG